AUGGUGUGUCAAUCAGCUGGACAAACAAGAUUUCGGGCUUUGAAACACGAAAAUGGAACAGCUGGGAGCGCCACCAUAAUUGUUAAAGUUAUAGCAUGCUUUCAACCUCUAGAUGAUUGUCAGGCCGAAUACUUCCGCCAUUUGCUUAAACCUGUAACAAGUUUUCAGAAAUCUUUACACACACUUUCAAGUCAUCAUUCAACAUCCCGUGAUUAAUGGAAAGGGGUUUUGAAUCUUGGUUUCAAAACCAGAAAAUCGAUUGGCAAUCAUCCAAUCAGAUUCCACCGAGUGUCCCAUUUGGUUCUGGGCCUCGAGCUACAAUCCCAUGUUUUGGGAACAUGGUGCGUCAAGAACCAUGUGGUUGGUUCUACGGUUUGCCACGUCAUCGCCAGGGUGUCAAUGUCAUCCCUGUGGUUAACAACAAAGAACAACUUCAAGUUACAACCACAAUCCCUGAUGUGGGUCACACCACAAAUGGUGUACAAAAGAAGUUUCUUGUGUUUGAUCAAUCCGGUGAUCAAACAACUUUGAUUUAUAGUUCGGGAGUGGGACCCGCUCCUAUUCGAUACCAAUUCCCGUUGUCAAAUAACCCGAAACCGCAAUCCGGGUCAAACCCGGUUCGUAUUAAAGAAAAUGAUUCAAAAAGUGAGAUGAGGGAGGAUACUGAAGAGCUUAAUGCAUUGUUGUACUCUGAUGAUGAUGAUGAAAAUGAUUAUUCUGAGGAGACGAGUACAGGGCAUUCCCCUAGUUCAAUGAUGUUUCUUGAACAAAAAGGGCAAAAUGGGAAAGGAAAAGAAGAGGAAGUUGCGAGUUCUGGGGGAGAUGGGAAAAAGCGUAAGCGGGAGGACGGGGGUAGUAUUGUAAAUUCACUCGAGGACACUGCAAGCUCGGGGGAAUCUGGGGUUGGGAAUGAGGGAGUUGGAGUGUUUGAGGAAGAAUUGGAUAAUUUGUUGUUGAGUAAUAAGAAAUUGAGGAAAGACAAGAUGAAGGAGACUAUAAAUUUGCUUCAGAAUUUGAUUCCUGGUGAUAAAAAUGGAAAGAGUGCUGUAAUGGUUAUUGAUGAAGCUAUCUGUUAUUUGAGAAGUUUGAAGGAGAAAGCUAAAGAUUUGGGGCUUGAUUCUCUUUAAAAGAUGUUCAAGAUUUUUUUGUACUUUAUGCUUAUUAUGUGGUACAAUUGAUGGUAACUUGAUUGGAAGGAGAAUUUGGUGAUCUUGAUGUGGGGUUGUAAUGAAGAUCCAGAAUUGGGCAUAAAGUUGUUAGCUUUUGUGAAGAUAAAGUUUGAAGCUUGAAGUCGUUUCUUGAAUCAUGGAUUAUGAUCGUGUAUGGAUACUAGUGUGUGUGUGUGUGUGUGUGUGUGUUUUGGGGGUUUGUAUGUGUUAGGAGAAUUUGGUAAUUUUGUUGUGGGGUUGUGAUAAAGAGCAAGAAUUGACAUAAAGCAUGGAACCUUUCAACGCAUCUUCAGGUGGGAAUGAUGGAUGAUGAUCAUUUUAGGAAGGUAGUGUGUGUUUGUAUGUGUAAGGAGAAUUUGGUAAUUUUGAUAUGCGGUUGUGAAGAAAAGCAAGAAUUGGUCAUAAAGAUGUUUGUUUUGUGAAGGUAAAGUUUGGAACCCGUGAAGGCAAUCAAGUGGCGUCUUGAAUUAUGGUUUAUGAUCAUUUAGGGAAACUUUUGCGUGCUUUUUUUAGGGAGAAUUUGGUAAUUUUAAUGUGGGGGUUGUGAUGAAGAUCAAGAUUUGGGCAUAAAGUUGAAAUCUUUGUGAAGAGAAAGUUUGAAAACAAUCAAGGCAUCCGUGAGUGGUUCCUUGAUUGACGGAUGGUGAUUUUCAAUGAAAGCUACGGUGUUGGGGAUAAUUUGGUAAUUUUGAUAUGUGUGUUAGGGAUAAUUCGGUAAUUUUGAUGUGGGGUUGUGAUGAAGACCAAGAAUAGGGCAUAAAAAACAUAAAGUUGAAAGUUUUGUGAAGAGAAAGUUUUACGACCCAUCAAACCAUGCUCAAGUGUUUUCGUGAAUGAUGGAUAAUCAUCAUACAUGUGAACCACCGUGUGUUAUUUUGCGUGUGCAGGGGCAAUUUAGUAAGUUCACAUGUAGGGUUAGGGUGAAGGUCAAGGAUUGGACAAAAAAGUUGAAAGCUUGGUGUGUCUUGAGUGGGACCCAAUAGUGAUUAUGUCUUGUUUUCUUGUUGGGUAUUUGGUAAUUUUACUGUUGUAACUUGUGUUCUUGUCUUUCCUACACUGUGAACGUCAAUGGAGGACCACCGCCACCAUGAACCACCACUGUCGGCGGUCUGUAAUGAUGGUUUGAAAAGUCAAUGUACCCAAAUAGUGUUUUUUUUUUUUUUUUUCUCAUUUAUUUUAUCAUGUAAUUUCACAUUUUAUAUAUGUAAAUAUAUGUAUCAAUUGUGUGUUUUUUUUUGCAUGAUCUUGGUCUACAAUAUGUGUUGCA